AUGGAUGUGGACGAUGCAGAAGGCAAAGCACGGCUUCAACUGCCGACGAGCUGCGAUCCUCCAGCGCCGAAUAGCACCAAUCGCCCAUUGGUUUGGAUAAUAUUCGGUGCUACGGGGCAUAUGGGGAGAUCUUUGAUGAAAUGCGCCCUCUCUCACGGAGAUCAUGUUGGCGCCGUCGGACGAGUUAUUGAGACCAGCCAAGAGGAAAUGUCUAACAUCCACGAAAACUGCUUUGGAACGCUUUGUGAUGUACGAUCAGCGGAAUCAGUACAAGCGGCUGUGCGCCAGACCAUUGAAACCUUUGGGAGACUAGACGUCGUUGCAAAUUGCUCUGGUUACGGCGUAAUAGGCUCCUGCGAAGACCAAGACGAACACGACAUGCGGAACCAAUUUGAGACGAAUUUCAUGGGAACACUGAAUAUUAUAAACGCAACCUUGACGUAUUUUCGCCGCCAAUGCAAUGGAAGAUACCUUAUUUUCAGCUCGACGUCUGGGGCAUUAGGCGUACCAGGCCUCGGACCAUACUGCGCGACAAAGUACGCCGUGGAAGGCCUCAUCGAAGCUAUGCUUUACGAGACAGAUUUUUUUAACAUUAAGGCCACUCUCAUCGAACCUGGUAUGGUAAGGCGAGAUGAACCCAUGACAUGGGCUCAAGACAGCCCGUUACCUACAUGGGGCCAUUUCUUUAUUAAACCUUCAAGCGAAGGAUAUUCAGAUAUGACAUCUCCAGCUCUCCAUGCAAAAAGGAUGGUUCAAUGGCUCGGGAACAAGCAGCCUACCAGUGCGGUGAAAUGUGCAGAACUGGUUUGGCAGUUGGCUCACUGCUCCUAUCCGCCGUUACGACUGCUCUUGGGUAGCUACGCCAUUGAGAGCAUCCGGGAUCGAAUGCGCUCAGUAACUGAAGAAUUAGAAGACUGGAAGCAUCUCAACUUUGCAUCCUCGGCGGCGAAUGAAAAAGAAAAAAAUGAGGAUGCACAAGAAACAGCCAUGGACAUGACAUAG